AUGAAAAAGAAGCUAGGUCCUCGAGUACCAGAAGGCCCUGUGGUUGACGAGCUUAUCAUCAACGCAGAGCCGGAUUUAAAAGAUAGGCUGAAGAAUGUGAGCAAAGGUAAGAUUAGCAAGUCAAAGGUCGAAGAGCUAAUAAAAGUUUUUGCUGGAAAGUAGGC